CUGUCGAUCAUCCAACAAGACAAUGCCGUUUGAUGAGGCUGAACAACAAGUGAUCUCCUACGAACAAUAGCAAUGUUCUCCGAUUACGAACCUCCACCCUCGACGAGCUUCGCGAUGUAUGCAGCUGCUGCGCCCGAUGAUAACUCACCUUUAGGGACGACGCUGUCCAACAGACUGAUGCUCACCGGAGAGACCGACACCAUGUCGUAUGUUGGAAACAAUUGGAUCUCUUCUGCUGCUGCUCCAGAGCAUAGCGAUGAGGAUCGCUUGUCGGCGAGGGGCUACAGCGGCGAAUUCUUGGUUGGCAUAUACGAUCCUGCAACCUCCACAGUGACUCUGCGCGUAGCACCAGCUUUCGUCGUUCGGCGAAGGAUCAAGGCACUAGCCGAACAGUCUCUAGCCAUCUCUUCUGUGCUGGAUGGAGACGGUGCGCAGGACUACGCGGCUCGCAUGUUAGCGAGAAGAGAUUUGGGCGAAGCUUUCGGAAACAGGAAGACGAAACUCAAAGCUAGAAAUGAUGACCGGAUGAAGGUGAACACGGAGAACAUGACCGAUAUCAUGGCCACCAUGCGGGAGGGCAUUGAGACUAGCUCCAAACAUAUGGACAGCGCUGAUGCUGUGGAAGCAGCAGCUAAGGCCGCACAAGCCAUACCUCCGCACAACGAGCAAGCAGAGAAUCCUAGAGAGGCGUACGCUAUUGGAGAUUUGGUUCCUUCGAGCAUACUCAAAGCUAUCGACAUCACAAAUCUUUUGCUCGCUUCGUCUCCUGAGGCGGUCAAGCAAGGACUUCCGGUAGGCGGUCCUGCGAAGAGCAAAUGGCUCGUCGGCAAAGCUUGGGAAGCGAUUCAACAAGUGAACCACGGAAGCAGCGUCGCAGCGCCAGUUGGCAUCCUAAAGACCUCGACGGGUGGAUCAGUCAAGGACGACGGCAAGCUUCGCUUGACGCUUUGCUUAUACGCAGCUAUGCUCUGGAAGCUGUACGACGAAAAGAUGAAUGUGGGGCGACCCAAUGAUAGACAGAAGCUGCUUGAAAAGCUCAAGGUGGACGAGAACAAGCAUGGUAGAAUGAUCUUUGCCCAUCUGAUGGAUACUUUUGCCGAAAAGAUGAGGAGCACGCAUAGGUACAACGUCACUCCCUUCACGGAGACCAAAUGCUUGGCUUACUUUGCUGCCAUUACUCUGCACAUCAACAACUUUUCGGUCGAUGUCAAGGAGCUCGCUAAGGACAUGGGCAUCGAGAGCCGCAGGCUUGGCGACGUGUACAAGUCCCUCGGUUGCACACCGUCCUCCGCAUCUGUUCGGAGCUCGAGCGGCGAGAAGGCCAUCAAGGAGUCGCGCCUAAUCCUGAAGUGUCCCUUCACAAUUCCCAAACCUCGUCGAGGGCCGGCCAAGCGCUAAUCGCCACAAGACUGCAUCAUUUUUCGUCCUCAUCUCUCCAAUCUCAUGCGUUGCUUGUGUAUGUUUCGGGAUGGUACAGAGCGGAAAGGGCCAAGUGCAGGCAAAAGAAGAGGGACCAAUGGCUCAACACUCAUACGAGCUGAGGGAUGAGCGGCUUGAACACGACUUGCGCAACGUGAUUCAAGUUCAAGUGCUGUCGCUGCCAGAGGUUCCCGAAUGCACGUUGAACAGCAGGGAAAGAAAUGGGCUUGGAUUGUGCAAUGAGUGGGUCGUAGUGACAUGGACGUACAGGCUAGAGCGACUCGUCGUU